AUGACCACAGUAAAUCUCCUACUUAUAAUCAUACCCACAUUAGCCGCCAUAGCAUUUCUCACACUCGUUGAACGAAAAUUACUAGGCCACAUGCAACUACGAAAAGGGCCCAAUAUUGUAGGUCCAUGCGGACUAUUACAACCCUUCGCCGAUGCCGUAAAACUUUUCACUAAAGAACCCCUGAAACCCGCAACAUCUACCACCAUCCUCUAUGUCGUCGCACCUGCUCUAGCCUUCUUCAUUGCCCUCCUCCUAUGAACCCCCCUCCCCAUACCCAACGCUCUAAUCAACUUCAACCUAGGGCUCCUAUUCAUCCUAGCCAUACUCAGCCUAAUUGUCUACUCCAUCCUAUGAUCAGGAUGAGCAUCAAACUCAAACUACGCCCUAAUCGGAGCUCUGCGAGCCGUCGCCCAAACAAUUUCAUAUGAAGUCACCCUUACUAUUAUCCUCCUAUCAGUCCUACUAAUAAGCGGCUCAUUUAACCUUAACACACUCAUUACAACGCAAGAGCAUCUAUGACUCCUCCUACCAUCAUGACCCCUAGCCAUAAUAUGAUUUACCUCCACACUAGCAGAAACAAACCGAACCCCUUUUGAUCUCAUAGAGGGCGAAUCAGAAUUAGUAUCAGGCUUCAACAUUGAAUACGCCGCAGGUCCAUUCGCCCUAUUCUUCAUAGCCGAAUACACAAACAUCAUCAUAAUAAACGCCCUAACAACCACAAUCUUCCUAGGCACAUCCCACUCCACUUAUUCACCAGAACUAUUCACAACAUGCUUCGCCACCAAAACACUCUUCCUAACCUCCCUAUUCCUAUGAAUCCGGGCAGCAUACCCCCGAUUCCGUUACGACCAACUUAUACACCUACUAUGAAAAAACUUCCUCCCCCUCACACUAGCACUACUCAUAUGAUCCACCUCAAUACCCAUCGCAAUCUCCAGCAUUCCCCCUCAAACCU